AUGGCCGCGAGGAGACCGUCGUCCGUGCGCACAGCCCCGCGCGAGAAACAGCCAAGGACGUUCACGCUCACCCUCAAGGCCCUCCUCUCCCUCCCGCACCGCCUCUGCAACCCUCCUCCCGCCGUCGGCAAAGUCCGCUCCUGCCAAGUCACCCCCAUCUUCAAGGUCCAACUUGAGGAUGUCCUCAACAGGAAGCACUUGCCUCCCCUCGGCCUCAAGGACUUUGAGGAAUGGCUGCUCUUCGUCGAGGGCUGCCCCGAGAACCUCUACUUCAUGCUCUGGCUGAAGGACUACACCGCCCGCUACGACCAGUGGGCAGCGCAGAACAAGCCUCCAAAACCCAUCCUCGUCGGCAAAGAGCAGUAUCGCUUCUCCACCCCACCCCAGCCCUCCUCCAACCUCACCCUCCUCUACCUCCGCGCCAAACAGACCUUCUUCACCCCAAACGCGGACUACGAGCUCAACAUCCCCUCCGACAUCCUUACCCCCUUCCACACCGGCCAGUUCGCCUCCCCCAUCCCAGAGCCCAUCCUCUUCGCUCAGGUCGCCGCGGAGGUUCACAAGAUGCUCAAGGACUCCCUCGAUCGCUUCGUUCUCGCCGCAUACAACAACGUCGGCACAAAUCGCGCCUACUGCGGCAUGGUUGGCGGCAUCGUCAUCAUGCUCCUUGGCUCCGUCGCACCUCUCGCCGUCAACUUUGCCAACGGCAGAGCCCGUUGGCUCAGGCUCCUCGCCCUCCCCGGCAUGUGGCUCGGUCUCACCAUCUUGUUGGCCAGUCUUCACGGGGUCUGCAUGAUGGUCUACAUAUUCGGCGACCUCCGCCAGCUGCGCAAGUUCGAGCUCGCUCGUCCCCGCAUCUCCGCUCCCAGACCCCUCGGCGCGAACGACGCCCACACCCGCCCCAUGAUGUCCAUAUCCGCACCGAUCUCCUCAAAGUUCGCGCCCGCUACCAUCCUGCCGUACGCAUAUCCGGGCCCUCCUCCCGCCUCCUCGCUGCCCGGCGUACCCUUUCCGCUUUCGCAGCCACGCCGGCCGACGAUCACGAUCCCAGCGCGCCCUCCACCCGCCGUCACGGCGCCUCACCACGCGAGGCGGGCCACGUCGUCGUCCCCGACCACCUCGCUCUCGACGCCCUACGACAACGCCUCGGACUACUCCGCCUCGACCGCCUCUCUCUCGACCUCAUCGGACGACGCGGCGCACAGGAUCGUCAUCUCGCCUGCGUAUUACGACGAGGACCCCGCCCCAGAAGGCCCCGCGACGCACACCGGCCCCUUUCCGCCGUUUUUGCUCAAAAACGCGACGAGCGAGCCCUUUGGAGGCGCGUACCGCUUCGGCACCGCAGACCGCGACGUGCACACGGCCGAGUGCCGCUCCGCCCGCGCGUGCGGCAUCGCCGCCACCGCGGGCUUCAUUCGCCCGUUCGACGACGACGCCUCCAGCUUGGCCUCGCGCGCCGAGAUCGGCAGCCUCGACUCGUUUGACUUUGACGCGCUCCCCCCGCGCGAGGACGCCCGCGCCCCGUGCAUAUGCGGCUCGUCCGCCGUCCCGUCGUCUGCCGCGCUGCCGCAUGCCGCACGCGCGUACGAAAAGGACGAAAAGGAAAUGAUGAGCCCGCGCGCGCUCGAGGAGGGCCACCCGCCGCGCUGCGCCGAGCUCUCGCCGACGACGAUGCUCGAGCGCGCGCAGUACAAGUGCAAGCGCGUGCCGCCACCGCUCGUGUCGCCGGACGAGCCCGACGAGCCGCGCUGCAAGGCGGCGUACGUGCGCCCCGAGCCCGAGGUCGUGCUCGCGCAGGAGCGCCGCACGCGCGCGGUGCCCGCGUUUGGCCCGCUCACCAAGGUGCUGAGCCCGGUCGUCACGCGCGCGCAAUGGGAGAUCGUAACGCGGAGCAUGGCGCUCGCCGCGCUCGCCUCGCUCGUCUUCGUCGGCAGCCUCUUGGCGGUGCCGCCGCGGCUGCGGUGA